AAAUCCCUUGUUGUUGAAUUUUGUUUUUUUUUCUUCUUCCUGAGAUUUCCUUCUUGUUUUCAAGAAACCUUGAUCAGGGUUUCUAUAGUUAAGGAGCGAGAAACGAAAUGUCAGGUGGUGGAGGAUCACAGAGUAGUUUAAGGAGGUAUCUUGGAGCUAUUAAAGAUACCACCACAGUUUCAUUAGCUAAGGUCAAUAGUGAUUACAAGGAAUUGGAUAUUGCUAUUGUGAAGGCUACAAAUCAUGUGGAGCGUCCUUCUAAAGAAAGAUACAUCAGAGCUAUUUUCAUGGCUAUUUCAGCAACAAGGCCUCGUGCAGAUGUGGCUUAUUGCAUCCAUGCUUUGGCCAGGCGGUUAUCAAGAACACAUAACUGGGCGGUUGCACUGAAAACUCUUAUUGUUAUUCACCGUGCCUUGAGGGAAGUGGACCAGACCUUUCAUGAAGAAGUUAUUAAUUAUAGCAGAAGCAGAAGUCAUAUGCUAAAUAUGUCUCAUUUUAAAGAUGAUUCUGGUCCAAAUGCUUGGGCUUACUCUGCUUGGGUCCGUUUCUAUGCUCUAUUCUUAGAGGAGCGAUUAGAGUGUUUCCGUGUUUUGAAGUACGAUGUUGAGGUUGACCCCCCAAGGACCAAAGAUUUGGACACUCCUGAUUUGCUCGAGCAACUUCCUGCUCUGCAAGAACUUCUUUUCCGUGUUCUUGACUGUCAGCCUGAAGGGGCAGCAGUUCAAAACCACAUUAUCCAAUUGGCACUCUCAAUGGUUAUAUCUGAGAGCACUAAAAUAUACCAAGCACUGACAGAUGGCAUAGACAAUUUGGUUGAUAAGUUCUUUGAGAUGCAACGGAAUGAUGCUCUUAAGGCUUUGGAUAUGUACAGAAGAGCGGUAAAACAGGCAGGGAGGCUUUCUGAAUUUUUCGAAGUUUGCAAAAGUGUUAAUGUUGGACGUGGAGAUAGAUUUAUAAAGAUUGAGCAGCCUCCCACUUCUUUUCUACAAGCAAUGGAAGAGUAUGUGAAAGAAGCACCAUUAGCAGCAGGGGUCAAGAAGGAGCAGGUAGUGGAGAAACUUACUGCUCCGAAAGAGAUUUUGGCCAUAGAGUACGAAAAGCCCCCAGAGGUUGUUGAAGAGAAACCAGCAUCACCUGAACCAGUUAAAGCAGAAGCAGAGAAGCCUGUAGAGAAACAACCUGAUCUUCUGUCUAUGGAUGAUCCAGCUCCAGUGAUCUCCGAACUCGAAGAGAAAAAUGCUUUGGCUUUGGCUAUUGUCCCUGUUAGCGUUGAGCCGCCAGCUUCGACAACUGAUUUUACAAAUGGGAAUUCGACUGGCUGGGAAUUGGCACUUGUGACUGCCCCAAGCUCAAAUGAAAGUGCCGCUGCAAAUAGUAAAUUGGCGGGUGGACUGGACAAGCUCACACUUGACAGCCUAUAUGAGGAUGCAAUAAGAGUGAGUCAACAGCAAAACAGGAGCUACAAUCCAUGGGAACAAAAUCAAGUUCAUAAUGGUCACAUGAUGCACCAACCUUUCUUUGCAACUAAUGGAGUCGCAGCUCCUCAACCUCUUCAAAUGGCGAACCAAAAUCAUCAAACAUUCGGGUAUCAGCAUCAGAAUGCAGGAAUGAUGAUGGGACCUGUACAACCUUAUCAACAACAGCACCCGAACAUGAACAACCCCUUUGGCAACCCGUUUGUAUCCAAUGGUAAUCCGCACCAACCGCAUGGCUCGGUUCAAGGUUACAAUCCAUAUCCAAGGUAUAUGUAAGGUAAGAUGUGAUAAAAUCCAAUAUUCAAUCCAGUCAGGUGGCAGAUGUCUGUUAUAUAUAAAUGUAUACAAGUAUAUGGUGUGAGGUUAUUGUAGCUAGCGAAAUUCUUUUGUUCAGUAAAUAGUACAUUACGUC